AUGCCGCUGGGGGACCCACCCGCAUGGAGAAUGCCAAGAUCGUCAUCAUCCAGUUCUAGAUUUUGCCACCUAAAAUCGGCAUCGAAUAGAGCAUUGUGGAACAUAUUUCCUGCCACAAGUCACAUUGAUCUUUUUGGACAUGUUGAAUGUGUACAGAUUGAUGAAAAUGUCAAAAGAGAAAUAAUUAAUCAUAGGUCUCUAAGACAUCCUAACAUUAUCAAGUUUAAGGAGGUCAUUUUAACACCUACUCAUCUGGCCAUAGUAAUGGAAUAUGCAUCUGGUGGAGAACUAUUUGAGAAAAUCUGCAAUGCAGGACAUUUUAAUGAGGGUGAGGCUCGUUUCUUUUUUCAACAACUCAUAUCGGGGGUCAGCUAUUGUCAUGCAAUGGAAGUGUGUCACCGGGACCUGAAGUUGGAAAACACUUUGUUGGAUGGAAGCUUGACACUUCAUUUGAAUAUAUGUGAUUUUGGAUACUCCAAGGUAAGUUACACUAAUGAAGCACCUACAGAUAAGUGUGCAUUCUUGAGUCUCAACCAUGUGAUGAAAUUGGAUUGCACUAUUGCAGAUGUCUGGUCAUGUGGAGUAACCUUGUUUGUGAUGCUAGUGGGAUCAUAUCCUUUUGAAGAUCCUAAUGAUCCAAAGGAUUUCCGAAAGACAAUUCAGUUGGAAAAAAACUUGCCACGUGGUAGCUUGGGGUGAGAGAGAAAGGGGACAAUAGUCCUUUUCUAUGCAGCAAAAUCCUUAUCUCCACUACUUGUACAAAGGCAGCUUGGUAAGGAAUAUAUUCCUUGUGUGUCUUCUUGGUACGCACUUGCAAUUUAAAUAUUAGGCAUUUUAAAUAACAAGAGAGAAAUACAAAUAAUUUAGAGUUUCUACAA